AUGGCCACCAACGUAGGAGGUGCUGUGGAUAACAGCAGAAGGUCGAUCUCAGACAACAGGCACGAUCCUGAGAAACCCGCUGAACUUCCAGAUACUCUUAGCGGGAGCGAGACUGAGAGACCUCAAGAUGCAAACCCCGAAGCAGCCCUGGACCAGCAGGCUAGCGACGCCGCAAAAGCGCAUGAUGAAGGCCCACCAGAUGGCGGUACUGCUGCAUGGAUGGUUGUUCUAGGAGCGUGGUGUUGCUCCUUUUGCAGUCCUGGAUGGAUCAACAGCAUGGGCAGCUUCCAGGAGUACUAUCAGCGCGAACCACUCAAAGACUACUCCAGCAGCGAGAUUGCUUGGAUCCCUUCGCUUGAGAUCUUCUUCUUGUUUGGGCUGGGGCCUAUUGUGGGUAUAAUUUUUGAUCGUUAUGGACCGAGGCCACUCAUCAUCGGCGGCACGAUUUUCCACGUCUUUGGAUUGAUGAUGGCAUCGUUGGCAAAGACGUACUAUCAAUUUCUUCUUUCGCAAGGUGUCUGCAGUGCCAUUGGUGUUGCUUGUCUAUACUCUCCAGCGCUGGCCUGCAUAUCGACUUGGUUUCUCAAGAGGCGUGGAGCAGCCAUGGGCAUAAUGGCCACAGGAUCAUCAGUCGGCGGUGUCAUCUUCCCAAUCAUGAUUACCCGCAUGAUUGAGAGGAAUGGAUACCCGUGGGCGUUGAGAACUGCAGCCUUCCUCAUCCUCGGCCUCCAGGUCAUUGCUUGCCUGACAGUGCGACCGAGACAGAAGCCGGUUCCCAAGAAACUACCAGCUGGAAGACUUGCCGCGCCCUUCACCGAGCCAGCAUUUGCCCUUUUGCUCGCGGGAAUCUUCAUCUUGACAUAUGGAAUGUAUAUUCCCAUUGACUACCUACCUCUCAGCGGUCUUCAGGAAGCUCACAUGUCGGUAAACAUGUCUCAAUACUUGGUUGCCAUCAUGAAUGCUGCAAGUCUCUUUGGUCGCCUGGGCGCAGGUUAUGGUGCCGACAUCAUCGGCAGAUGGAACAUGUUCAUCAUUGCCUGUGGUGUUACGGGAAUCUCCAAUCUUGCCGUCUGGAUCCCCGCCACGAAAUCUUCCAUCACCAUAGGGUACGCCAUAAUGUUUGGCUUUGCAUCGGGGGCUUUUGUCUCCCUCGUUGGCGCUCUCCCAGUUUCAGUCUCUCCCAUUCCCGAGCUUGGCUACCGCAUGGGCAUAGUAUUCCUUGUCAUCUCUAUCCCCGCACUAACUAUGGCACCUAUUGGUGGAGCCAUCUUACAGCAUGCGUCUAACGGCUGGGUCAGCCUCAAAGUAUUUGCAGGCGUUAUGUGCCUUGUGGGGUCCGCAAUCAUCCUAGGGUCGAGAAUGCUGUACACUGAAAAGCGACUGAUCAAGGCAUUUUAA